AAGAAAUAAGAGAGGUGUGGGAGAAGAAUUGAGCAAGUGAAGUAGAAGUGUUGGUUAUUAAAUCAGACACGCAGAUAAUCUACCAUGGCGAUAUCAAAACCUGUCGUUGCCCUUUUCUUCUCUCUCUGUGUCUUCCUUCCUUUGAUUUCAGCAGCGUCCACAGACGUCAAGUAUUGCAGCGAGACAAACUAUGCCAUGAAGGUGACCGGAGCUGAUAUAACACCUUUUCCGGUGAAGAGAGGCGACAACGUCACUUUCACUAUCACUGCUGCCACAGAUAACGGUAUACUUGGUGGAAAGCUAGUGAUAAAUGGCCUAUACUAUGGAAUUAACAUCUACGAUGAGACUUAUGACAUUUGUGCAAAGACAUCUUGUCCUAUCUCUACUGGUUAUUUCGUUUUAUCACACACUCAAAAUUUGCCACCGUAUUCGCCCACGGGUGAUUUCUCCCUUAAAAUGACAAUUCUAGAUGAAGAGGAUAAUGAGUUGACAUGUUUCGCCUUCGACUUCACAGUAUCGGCGUUGGCAUUGGACUAAUUGCAAAAUCCAUGAGAAUUCUCUCCAACAUUCUUGUGUAACAUGUCAUGGUCAUGCACUGAGUUGCAAGAAUAAAUAAAUUU